CCAAGUUCAUGGCAAACUCAAUGUGUAAUACCUAUAUUAAAACCAGAUAAGUCACCUGAACAGAUCAGUUCUUAUCGUCCAAUCUCGUUAUCAUCAUGUAUUGGAAAAAUAUUUGAAAAUAUGGUGAAAUCUCGACUUGACUGGUAUGCAGAAUCCAAUAAUGUCAUUCCACACAUUCAAUAUGGAUUUCGCAGAGGAAGAAGUUGUGUUGAUAGCUUCAUUUCUCUUAUAUCUGAUCUGAAAAAUGCAAAAAACAAUAAAUUACACACAGUUUGUGUAUUUCUAGAUGUGCAAGGUGCAUUUGACAGUGUGGAUCCUGGCAUACUGGUGAAGGUACUCAGUAAUUCUGGUAUACCUGGACAAUUAUGUAAAUGGAUUUAUGAUUUCCUCAAUAACAGAAUACUAUAUGUUAGGCAUAACAAUAUCUUAUAUGGACCUAGAACUGCAUCAAAAGGUACUAUACAAGGUGCCACAUUAUCACCCUUGUUGUAUAAUUUGUAUACUUGUGAGAUAUGUAAAUAUGUUAAUACUAAAAAUGUAAAUAUACUUCAAUUUGCAGAUGAUUUAGUGUUGUAUAGUUCAGAUGUAAAUUUAACAGUAGCCAUUGAAAAUGUUAACACUGCCUUAAGACAGUUAAAUAAUUAUUAUCAACACACAUUAAAAUUGAAAAUAAAUGCUGGCAAAAGUAAUUUAAUGCUAUUUGGAAAGGACACACCAGUAGUGGAUGUUGUCUAUAAUGGUGAUGUCAUUCAAAGAGUCACCUCACACAAAUUUUUAGGUAUUAUCAUUGACCAGAAAUUGUCAUUUGAAGAACAUAUUAAAUAUGUAUCUAGAAAUGCAUUAAAUGGUGUUAACAUUUUAAGAUGUCUAGCAGGUGUUACAUGGGGUGCAGAUCCCAAAAUACUUUCAUUAUUAUAUAAAUCUAUUAACAGAGCUUUGAGGAUCAUAUCAGGAGCAAUGUGUUCGACUCCCAUAAGGGCCAUGGAAGUCGAAACAAAUAUUAUGCCAUUGAUAUUGAGACGACUUAUGCUUGCAGAAAGAUACUGCCUGAAACUAUUAUCAUCAAAUAAUAUCCAAAUUAUAAAUAGGAUAAUACCUCACCCAAUCAAUAUAGAUGGUCCACUCACUUCACCAAAUGAUCUCCUGAGAGGUACAUCUCCAACUCUGUGCCAGAUCUUCUUAGAAAUACAAUCUCAUUAUUCGAACAUCAAAAAACUUUCACACUGGUCGUGUUACACUCAUUCAUACAGUUGUAUCACUCAUCCUAUUACGAUUUUAUCCAAUUUAAUCGAAAAUAAUUCAGAUUUACUGGCUUUUAUAGAAGAAAAUAACAAGUAUUAUACAAUCUACACUGAUGGCAGUAAAGGCAAUGAUUUUGUGAGAAGUGCGGUAUAUGAUUCUCAAAAAGAUGUUGCUCAAAGCUUUGCUCUCGAUAAAAAGUGCUCCAUAUUUACAGCAGAGGCAUAUGCAGUUUUUGCCGCUUUAAAAUCUAUAAUUUCUAUAAAUAAUUGUAAAUAUUUUCUAAUUUUGACAGACUCUUUGAGUCUUUUAAAUAGCCUUAAGCAUUCUAAUAUUAAUAAUUUUAAAACUAAUUAUAUUAUUUAUUUAAUUAAAGAUACUGUCUUACGGUUGCAUAAAAAAGAUAUAACUGUUGCUUUUAUGUGGGUACCCUCACAUAAAGAAAUGUGGUACAGGUUCCUAUGA